AUGAUUAGGUCCCAUUCCUAACUCCCUCCUCCUAAUGCCAGACUGGGAGCCUUUCCUGUGUCUCAGGCUGCUCUCCCCCUUCUCUCCUCUCCCUCUUUCUCCCUCCUUGGGAGACUCAGCCAGGCUCCAUUAGACGGGGAGGGUCUUGGCCAGAGUUUGAGCCCAGCCGCAUUCCUGGGAUGUUUUUUUGAAUGUGAAGCUCUGGAAGCGGUGGUGACGUCACGCUGUCUCCUAUAUAAGAGACACAGAGCCUGGAGCAGCUCAGAGAGCAAAAGCGCAUAGUACUGAAGCACUGAGAGCAGUACAGAGAGCACAGCACUGGGACCAGUAUAGCACAGACCAGUAUAGCACGAGCACAGGUACUGGGACCAGAACAGCAAAGGAAUUGGAGUCAAAGAGAUACAUAAGGCCAUUGCAGAAACUUCGUCCGAAUUUCUUAAUUUUUGAGGAACCAUGCCUUGCCUACGAAUGACCCCUCUAGUGAUGGUGGCAAUCCUUGCUGGACUCAUAGACCUGGCAUUUUCAUCAUGCCCAGCCAUAUGCCAGUGUCCCAUGGAGGUUCCCAAAUGUGCCCCAGGAGUCGGUUUGGUCCUUGACAGCUGUAGAUGCUGCAAAGUGUGCGCCAAGCAACUCAAUGAAGACUGUAGCAAAAGCCAGCCUUGUGACCACACUAAAGGACUGGAGUGCAACUUCGGUGCCAGUUCAAGAGCCACCAAGGGCAUCUGCCGAGCAAAAUCAGAAGGAAGACCUUGCGAGUACAACUCCAGAAUUUACCAGAAUGGAGAAAGCUUCCAGCCAAACUGCAAGCACCAGUGCACAUGUAUAGAUGGGGCUGUGGGCUGUCUUCCCUUAUGCCCUCAAGAACUCUCCCUCCCUAACCUGGGAUGCCCAAAUCCAAGACUUGUGAAGGUGCCUGGGCAGUGUUGUGAGGAAUGGGUGUGCGAUGACGCCAGGGACUCCAAGGACGAUCUGGAAGAUUUCUUGGGUAAAGAUUUCGGGAUGGAUAAUGAAGGAGACCUUACCAGCAAAAACGAAUUCGUCCCCAUUGUGAAAGGAGGACACAAAAUGCUACCAGCAUUUGGCUCCAAUCCACAAGCCCAUGUAUUCGAGGCUCAAAAGUGCAUCGUCCAAACAACAUCUUGGUCGCAAUGUUCCAAGACAUGCGGCACUGGCAUCUCUACAAGAGUCACCAACGACAAUAAAGACUGUAGACUAGUGAGAGAAACCAGGAUCUGCGAGGUCCGACCAUGUGGACAGACAAACUAUUCACAGUUAAAGAAGGGAAAGAAAUGCACAAAGACCAAAAAAUCUCAGACUCCAGUCCGAUACAGCUAUGCCGGCUGUUCCAGCGUAAAGAAGUACAAGCCUAAAUACUGUGGAUCAUGCGUAGAUGGAAGAUGCUGCACCCCCCAGCAGACACGGACUGUCAAAAUCCGAUUCAGGUGUGAAGAUGGGGAAACCUUUACAAAAAAUGUUAUGAUGAUCCAAUCCUGUAGGUGCAACUACAACUGUCCACAUGCCAAUGAAGCAUACCCUUACUACAGACUAUUCAACGACAUCCACAAAUUCAGAGAUUAAAGGAGAACACCAGCCAAGUGACAAUUAAGAAUAAAUGGGAAUAUUCUGUUGUGGAGAUGUUGCAAUACCAUCUUUUGGACACUGUGUGGCACUAGGAACUUAUAAAGUGUAUUACCACCUGGUCUUCAUUACAACAGACUGAAAUCUUUAGAGCUUCAUAGUACUGGAGCAAACACGUCGCUUCUUUUUUUGGAGCAAUUAAUAAUAAUAUUAUUAUAAUAUUUUUUUUUCUGUUAGUAAAUUAU